GAUGAUGCUCAGUGGCCAGUGUCCAUCGCUGCGUUCGUAAGCGUUUAUUUGAAUUUUAGUUUGUAGGUAUAAACUGCUGGCCUAGUGAUUUCAAUAACAUUUUAAUAAAAAAAAACACGCAUUGUAUUAACUCAGAACUAAAAAAAAAAAGUAAGCUAAACCUAUAUAAUAUUGCCGUAUAUAAUGCUUUUUAAGAAAUUAAUAAACUAUACUAUUUCUUAUAUUAUAUACGAUGUGCUCUUUGAAGUAUAACGUAAAAUUUAGUUAAAAGAAAAAAUGUCUAUGUACAGUGAAUGGGUAGGUACAUAAUAUUCUAUGUAAAUUGUCAACGUAAUUUUAACGGUUUUGUCUAUUUUUUUUCUGCAUUAUUUCUUUUUUCACUUAAUAGCUAAUUUUAUUUAAUACACUUAUUCUUAUUGCGAUGAGGUUAUUGACUUACUAUUUUAAACAACUGUCUGGUUUUCAUCACUAUAUUUUACGCAUUUAUAACAUAAUUUUAUAGGAAAUCUGCACUAUAUACAAUAUAAUAUUCCAAAAAGUGGAGACAGACACUCUAUAUACCCAUCUCAAAAUAAUGACAGUCGGAAUAUUUUCUACUACCUAUAGUCGUUGUCCUUGAAUCAUCCUUUCACCGCGUGUAUACGAUAUUGAUGACUAUGUGGAACGAAUAUUAUGAUCGUAUCACACAGAUAAAACUCUCUUAACAAUAACUUUAUUGCACUUUAUUAUUAAUAUUGUGUUUAUACCUGCUGUUUAAUUAAUAUAACAAAUUUAAUUUGCAUUCUCAGACGAUUUUUGAACAUAUAAUUUAAUUAAUUUAAAAUUCUACAGUCAUAUCAAUUAAUUUAGAAAAAAUAAUGUCAACGUCAAUUUUAUCAUAACGUUAUAGUAAUUUACAAUGAAAAAUAUCCAUCGACUUCAAGCCAAUUUGACGAGAUGGCGAUCGACCGCGGCUACUGCACAUUCACCUCUUUCAGCGGGAUCACCUGCACCAGCAGCAGCAGCAGCAACAGCAACAGCAGCAGAAGAUUUAGAAAUAACCAACGAAUGCGUUUCGGCAAAACCGUACAGUCAGGUCCCGGGUCCCACGCCGUGGCCGGUCAUUGGAAACACUUGGAGAAUGUUACCGGUCAUAGGUAUGUGAUAAAUAAAUAGGUACAUAGUUCAAAAGCAUUGAUACAAUCAAGGGAGGGAUUUUGGAAUGAACCCCUCUCCCUAAAAUUUGAAAUUUUUUUACGAAUCCUAUAGAUUUGUGUUGUAUAAAUCAAAUAGGGAGUAGCAUUGUAAUCGUUAUUCUUAAAAACCAUAGAAGUACAGGUUUUUUUUUAUUAUUAUUCUAAAUGUAGCGAAGAAUCUAUAAUAGUUAAUAUAAGAUACGUUUUUUUUUUCUUUCGGAAAACACUUUUUUUUGUUUUGUUAGUUUUGUAAUGUUUCAAAUUCUUCACAAUUUACCUUCAAAUAAGAUGUGGGUUUUUCGAUCUGUGAUACUUUGUCUGAAAUAUUCCACAUUUGUCUAGAUUCUCAUUAAUUUCGCGAAAAAUUAAAAAAACUGACAACAAAUAACGAUACAUUGGAUUUAUUUUUGUUGGUUUAUGGUUAAAUUAUUUGGUUUAUUACUUCAUUAAAUUUAUGCAGGAAAUGAUGAAUGGUUGAUUUUUGGCUUUUGGGUCUUGGUAAAAAUGUUUCGUACAAGAUUUGCUUUUACCCUCGUGGAUAUAUUAUAAUUUUAGUGAUCAAAUUUUCGAUUUUUCCAUUUUUUAACCAAUUGUUAUAAGUAUCUAUGUAAUUCCCGUUAUUAUAUUUGAAUUGAAAAAAACGUAUCUUAUCCUCCGAUAUUAUUUUUAGGCCCGUAUCAAAUAUCGGAUUUGGCAAACGUUUCUUAUAUUUUGUACAAACAAUACGGGAAAAUAGCUAAAUUGAGUAACCUCGUCGGUCGGCCGGAUUUGCUGUUUGUUUACGAUGCCGACGAAAUAGAAAAGGUGUACAGGCAAGAAGGCGAUACGCCGUUUAGGCCUUCCAUGCCGUGUUUGGUGAAAUAUAAAAGUCAAGUUCGCGGAAAUUUUUUCGGAAAACUACCAGGAGUCGUCGGAGUGUGAGUGUCCAAACGAAAACGUACACAUUAAUAUUUCAUUCAUUGUGGUUGUUCACUAUUUUUAUAGUCACGGAGAACCGUGGAGAGAAUUCCGGACUAAGGUUCAAAAGCCAGUUUUACAGCCGCAAACUGUUAAGAAAUAUAUUCAACCGAUUGAAGAGGUUUCUGAUUACUUUAUAAAACGGUGAGUGAUCUUAUUGUUAUAUCAACAAAGUAAUAGAUAAUUAUUUUUGAAUCGACAUUUCCAUAUAUACUUAAACUACGGAUUUUGAAGGUAUUUGCAUUUUCCCCCCUUCUAUGCAGUUCAGAACGAAAGUUUUUCAGUUAUUAUGAAUUAUAUUAUUCCUAUAACGAUGCUUUUUUGUUAUUUUUAAUAAUUCUACAUAAUCGAUUUAAGUGUAGUUAUUUUAUUUUCGUUUUAACGAAUUAUUACAUAAUAAUUGCUAACCUAACCAGUAACUUAAACCAGUAACAGUGAAAGGUUUUUCUAUUAUUGCUUUACUUUAAAUGUAUUCAGUAUGUAAAUUAGUAUAAAAAAUACAUUAUAUUAUAUCAUAUUAUAGUGUAUUUUAGUGCUUCAAAAUCCGUACUCUUAUUGUGUAUAACUGAGAUUAUAUUUCGACCUAUCUCCAUAAAAGAAUGCAAGAGAUGAAAAAUCACAAAUCCGAAAUGCCCGCCGACUUCGAUAACGAAAUUCAUAAGUGGGCUCUGGAAUGUAUCGGUCGCGUGGCGUUGGACGCGAGGUUAGGUUGUCUGAGACCAGAUUUACCGAAAAAUUCGGAGCCACAGAAAAUAAUAGACGCAGCAAAAUACGCUCUUCGCAACGUAGCUCUAUUGGAACUCAAGUAUCCGUUUUGGCGAUAUUUGCCGUCCACUCUCUGGACAAAAUACGUCAACAACAUGGAUUAUUUUAUCGAGUAAGAAUUAAUGGAAUAUUAAGUUAACUUUAAUGUUGUAUUUAUAUAUUUUAAAUACUAUAUAAUAUAGGUAGCGCUGUAGCAGUGGUUAUAAUUACUCGAAACAAAGAAAAAAAAAUAUUCCGAAAAAAAUGAGCGUAUCUAACACGGCGUUAAUUUGUUCAAACUUAAAAUUACCAUAUUAUAUAUACAUUGUAUACUACCAAACCUUGUUAUACAUAUAAUGUUAGGUACCUACACACAAUUUGUAAUGAAUUAUCUAUUGUUUUGUAUAUUUUUGUAUGGAAUUUAAAAAUUAUUUUACCCGACACAUAAUUAUAAUAUUAUUAUAUAUUUAUACACAAACAAUAAUAUAAAACAAAAACUUGAUUAUCUUAAAUAAUAUAUCAUUGAAAUAUGUUUGAAUAUAGAAUUUGUAUGAAAUACAUCGACGAUGCUAUGUUGCGAUUGAAAAGCAAAUCACAAACAGUGACGGACGAAAGUGAAUUGUCUUUGGUGGAAAGGAUUUUAGCAAAAGAAUCGGAUCCAAAAACGGCUUACGUAUUGGCUUUGGAUCUUAUACUAGUUGGGAUAGACACGGUUCGUACAUUUUCACGUAAAAAUAUUUACACGAUUUAAUUCAUAGGUGUGAUCGAUUUUUGUUUAUUUUGAAAAUUCAAAAAUCAUAACUUUGUUUAUUCUACAUUUAAAAAACUUACGAUUUUUAAAAUUUAAAAUUUCUAUUUAAUAAUUUUCGAAUUAUAUAAUUAUCUCACUGUUAAUAUACACUUAACAAUACAAUGUAUGUAAUUAUAAUACUUAUUGUUUAGAUUUCGAUGGCCGUUUGUUCGAUGCUUUAUCAAAUAGCCACGAGACCGGAAGAACAAGAAAAAAUUCAUCGAGAAAUGUUGGCGAUCCUACCCAAUAAAGACGACAAACUAGACUCAAGUAAACUAGAGAAAAUGGUUUAUUUAAAAGCGUUCAUUAAAGAAGUGUUGAGGUAAAUGAAAUCAUGUUAUUCGACAUUUGUUUAUUUUUUAAGAUUUAAUAGACACAUAUUUUAUUGUUAUUAUUUUAAUAUUGCAGAAUGUAUUCGACCGUGAUCGGUAACGGUAGAACGCUGCAAAAAGAUAUGGUGAUUUGUGGAUACAAAAUACCUAAAGGUGUAAGUAUACUGAUGCACGUUUAAAACGAUGAUAAAAUAAUGUUUAUUAAAUUUUUUACAUGAUAUUUUUCGUUCGAGUUUACCUACUCGGUUUGUUCGAUCAAAACUCGUUAAGUUAUUAACUAUAUAAUAUUAUAAACGGGAAUAACGAGGUCAAUAUCCUGAUAUUUCUUGAAUCACGUUUUCCCAAACUAUAAAAAUAAAACAAUUAAUGUAACUUGUAAUAUUUUUAAACAAAAGUGUAAACACUUGUAUUGUAUUGUUAUCAAUAUACUUUUAUCGAACUGCUUGACGAAGCAAUCAAAAUUAACAACACCGCGGUCGAUUUGUGUAUCGUAAUCGUUGUUAUUAUCUUCGAUUUCGGUGUUCGAUUCUUUGCGAUGGUCGUAACGCAAACUCGCAGCUGUCCAGUUAUUACCGUUUUCGUUCGUAAAAUAAACAUUUUUUCCUAUACAUUUUGAUUUGUAUUUAAUAUUAUUAUGAGAGUCGUUUUCGUUGCCUUCGUAUUCAUUUUGAUCGUCACAAGAGGACGAAGACAAAGUAAUAUUCGCUUUGCAAUAGUAUGGGUCAUUACUACUAGUUUGUGCGAACGUGUAUUUGUCUCGAAUGCUGCAGGUCUCGGACACCUAAACAUAAUAAUAUACGAAAAAAUAAUUAACGAACGUUUUAUACGGACAUCAUAUCAUUCACUGGACACUCUAUCGGAAAGUAAGUACCUAUAAUAUUGGGUUUUAUUAUUGAACAGAUUCAAUUGGUUUUUCCGACCAUCGUUACGGGAAAUAUGGAAGAAUACGUCACGGAAUGUGAACAUUUCAAACCUGAAAGGUGGAUGAAACAAUCUACGGAUUAUAUACAUCCAUUUGCAUCGUUGCCAUAUGGACACGGGCCGAGAAUGUGUCUCGGAAGACGAUUCGCUGACUUAGAAAUGCAAGUCUUCUUAGCAAAGGUAACCUAUAACCUAACACUAUACCUUAAUGUGUAAUAUUUUAUUUUUUAGCUUAUAAAUAUCAAAUACUAUGAUAGAGCCCAAUAAUAAAAUUAUAAUUAUACGUAUCACCGAAUCCUAGGGGGACGUAGGUUAAUCAUAGAAAACUAUAAUGAAAAAAGUGUCUAGAAUAAAAAGAUAAUUUUUUUAUAAGGAUUAUAAUAUUAUUAACAUAAUUAUAACAAGAUACAACAAAUUAUUGCUUCCAAGAACCUAUGCAUUUUUCGAUUGGAACUCAAGAGCACGGAAAUUUCAAAAAUUCUUUAAAAAAUAAUUAUAUAUAAGAUAGCUUUAAUUUUGCAUGUGGGUACCUACUUGCACACAAAAAAACAAUUAAUAUCCUUAAAUCAGAUAAAAUAUCGAGAACUGUAGCUGUAAAGCUUGACAAGAUUAGCCAAGAAAGAAUUGUGCAUCUCUGAAAAAGGUGCAAAAUCUAGAAUUUAUACAUACAAUAGAAAUAAAACGUUUAAAUGGAAAUUUAAGGAUAUAAGUGCAGAUAUUUUUAUGUGGCCCAGGGCGUUGAAAAGUUUUAUUGUUUUGGCUUUGAAGCCUGCACCAUAUACACCUCGUACUACUGCUGUAGUUACCUAUUAUUUAUUAAUUAUUAUAAUUAGGUAUCGAAAACAUUAGCUUAUUUUUUUGGCUUGACAUUAAACCUAGCAGAGUUUUGUGGAUAUUUAUGUUAUAAUACGAGUUCAAAACGAAACUUUAAAGUUUUUUUUUUGCUUAUUGUGAGUUUUAAUAGUAUGGUUUUUAUUAGAUUUGUCUCCUUUUUUUGAAUAUAUUUACUUUGUGAUUACGUAAACCACCCAAAAAUCCAGAUCCCCUCUCCCAUUCUAUAAUUUUCAAACAUUUCGUCUUGUAUUUUAUUUAUCUAAUACGUAUUGUUUGUAGUGCUAAACAUUUUUAAAGUGCUUAUUUUAGAAUUUAAAGGGCUAAUUAUUAUAAGGGCAUACAAUACACAGUUUUUUUUAGCUUUUUAACAUUAACACUACUUAGAGCCGGUUCACAAUAGGACGACUAUGGUAUAAACGAUAUCGUGUACACGACAAUCGAAAGCAAGUGUAUUAAACAUUUCAUACUUAACCGACAAAAAUCGUUGUCGUGUAAACGAUAAACGACUGUCGUUCUUUUGGCUGUGGGAACCUGAUAGUUCCCACCACAAUGACCGACUUUCGUUGUCGUUUGAAUAAUAAGAUUAUAAUUAUUGCGGUAGUAGGUAUGAACGGAACGGUUAUAGGAACGGUUCACAUCUAGCCGAUACAUUUCGAACUGUCGUUUGUAUAAUCAAUGAGAGCUAACUUGCGUGCAACUAACUUGAUAAUGUCUUUUACUCGUGUUUAUGUGAAAUACAUAAAACAAACGUGUUGUGCAGUGUUGAAAUCAACUAAAAUAUGUCGUUUACACGACAGUCGUUCUAAAGUGAAACGGUCCCUUCAGAGUCUAAAAUUAAUACAUUUAAAUUUUAACGUUUGAUCUGUUGUGUACUAUUAUAGUUGAUUCGAUCGUAUAAACUGGAGUUUCUACACAAACCGUUGGAAUACAAAGUAACAUUUAUGUACGCGCCGGACGGCGAAUUGAAAUUCAAAAUGACCGAGAGGCCGUGAUAUCAUCACCAAUUUUAUGUUAUUUCGUCGACGAUCAAAAUUAUUGAUAACCAAUUACACACAAAAACCUACUUAAUAUUUGCUAUAAUUUGUUUUUUUUUUUUUAAAUUUUAUUUACUUUUAUUAUUAUUAUUAUUAUUACCUUAUUAUUGUUAUACGUAUUAUCAUCGUUUUGUUUUUUGUUCUCUGGAUUUUCGUCAUCAAUAAAAUAAUUAUUACACUUCGAAUCGCAAUAAUUCGUAACCGGAUAUUUUAAUAAGGCCCGGUGAUUCUUUCUAAUUGUUUCUCGAUCGGUACAUUUUUUAUUUGAACGUAUUCUCAGUUCGGGAUUUCCAUAAUCGUCCCGCGACGGUUCCGCGAUCGGCCUUUCUGAAUUCCUAAAAAACGCAAAAACCUAUUUAUUCAGUAUGCCCACGUUUACGCACGUCGUGUGCAUUUUUUCUCAACGUCACUUUAUCGUUGUAUGUUCGCUUUUUUUAUGAUUUUCUGCGAACGUAGCGUUAUUCAAUAUCGUUUGAUUAUUUAUACUGUACGUGUUUUGACCGUUAUGACUGUAAAAGUCCCAAAUUUUAUCGCGUUUACUUAGAUCGCUGCUGUCGAUAUUAACUGUAUCGUUGUUUAUCGCCGUCGGUUCGUUUACAUGCCCGGGCCUUUGAACUGAAGAAAUAAGUACGCACGAAACGUAUAAAUUUCAAACGGAACUACAUCAACGAAAUGUUAUCAAUGUUCGAAAUCAAUAACGAAUUUGUAAAGUAUUACAGAUUCGUUUUUGUUUUUGUUAUUAUAUCAUAGUUUUUUUUAUAUUAUAAUAUUAUAAAUAAUAAUUAAUUAUUAUUAUCACAUGACCACGAGCAAAAAAAAGCCAUGAUCCUUAUUUUUGUAGAUAUACCUAGGUACCAGCUAUAUAUUAUAGUUUAUGCCUAUAUUAUUAUUUGUUUUAUAUUUAGACUGAUAUUGGAAUCAAAAGAAAAAAAUAUAUAAAUGUACACAGAUAUAUAUUAAAAAUAAAAAAAAGUUUUUAUUAUUUUCAUAAUAGGAUAAUAUUAUAUUUUAUGACAUGCAAUGUUUAAAUAUUAUUGCAAAUUUUCGAUUUGCAAC